GCCGCCUCUGUGCCAGAAGGUUCACCAUGAUAAGUUCCGACAAAGAUGACUCAACUUUCUUCUUCUUCUCUACGGCUACGCUCAUUCUUUUUCGUCCAAGCGCGUAAAAUGUCUUCCUCCUUAGAAGUGGCUAGAGCAAAGGUUAUCCAAUCCGUCAAGGUCGACCUUUUGUCGAAGACUCAAGCUAUAGAGAAUGAAUCUAAACGCAAGGAGAUUGCCCGAACCUUCAUUUCGGAUACUAUUACUGUUCCAACCGUAGAGAUGUAUGCCUAUGCUGUCAAUGCGACUCUAGGCGACGACGUAUAUUCGGAGCCUUCGACUACCUCCCUGGAAGCUCAUAUCGCCCAACUGACCGGCAAGGAAGCAGGGCUAUUUAUGCCGUCGGGGACAGCCUCGAACCAGAUUGCGCUGCGCACUCAUCUGAAGCAACCUCCAUACACGGUUUUGUGUGAUCACCGUGGCCAUAUUCACAAAUAUGAAGUCGGGGGAAUACCUUUCCACUCUGGUGCUGCCAUGACCACUUUGAUUCCCUCAAAUGGCCAUCAUCUCACUCUGUCGGAAGUGGAAGACAAUGUGAUCUAUGACACAGAUGUCCAUUUAGCUCCGACGGAGGUCAUCUCGCUUGAGAAUACUCUCAACGGAACUAUAUUCCCGCAGGACGAAAUCAUAGCUAUUUCUGGAUUUGCACGUUCGCACAACAUCAAGAUGCAUCUUGAUGGUGCACGUCUUUGGCAUGUUGCUGUUGAGACUGGGCUGUCUAUGAAGGAGCUGUGUGAUCCCUUUGACACUGUCAGCCUCUGUUUCAGCAAAGGGCUAGGUGCACCUAUCGGUUCUUGCUUAGUAGGCCCGAAAGAGUUCAUAACGAAAGCCCGUCGGUUCCGAAAGCUUUUUGGCGGCGGUAUGCGCCAAACUGGUAUUCUCGCAGCUUCAGCAGCUUACGCUCUCAACAAUAAUUUCCCGCUUCUUGUAAACGUCCAUGCGCUUGCUCGCAAGGUUCAAAAAGGACUCGAGGAUAUUGGCGUGACCAUCCUAAGUCCUGCUGAGACUUGUAUGGUUUUCUACGAUGCGUCCAGCAUUGGUGCAACAUAUGAUGAAAUAUUUGAGCGAGGGAAAAAUUUGCCAGAGCCCCUCAUACUUGGGGGUUCCAGAGUUGUUAUCCACAUCCAGACUUCUGAGGGUGCUGUCGACGACUUCUUGGCCCUAAUUAGGGACAUAGCCGAAGAGAAAAAGAGAGCAGGAUUUGUUAAGCCUGAAACAAAUGGUCAAACUCAUGUCAAGGACGUUUAUGUCAGAAGGCAUUAAGUAGAAGAAUAAUAUAACAAUACA